AUGUGGAGUCCUGUCGUUGUCGCCGUUGGAGGUUUGCCCUCUCCUAGUGAUAGGGUAGCACUGGUCCGAAAAUCAUUGCCUUACCCAGAACCCUCCACCAUUUUGUCUCAUAGGAAGCGAGCCAGGUUAGAUAACCUUACCGAGGAGGAGAAAAUCAUCCGAAGAAAAAUACUUAACCGGGAGGCAGCACAGAAGGCGCGUGACCGCAGGAAAGAUCUGAUGGAAAAUAUGGAAGAAAAUCUAGCUCAUCUACGUUGGGAAAAUGAGUACCUAAAAUCUUCAAACCGAAUGCUCCGCCUCAAGUUUAUUGAACAAGAGCAAAAGUUUCAAGCACUCCAAGAAAAACUAAGUGGUAUUAUCAGACAUAUGGGGAAGUUUUCGGGAAAAGGGAGUGGCUCUCUGUCUGUCCGUUCUACUCUUCCUCCACUUUCACAAUGUCCUGAAGAAUACGUCCAAAACUCCAAUCCCGAGGAUGUGCCUGAAGAUAUAUCAUCAACUUUAUUCGAUGCUCAAACCGUCGAAGUCUCAUCUCAAAAUAUGUCUGAAACCAAACAGUCUGGAGACAGCAAUUGCUCUGACGACCUGAAUCCAUAUUCUCUUUGCUUGUACGAUAGUAUAUUGAACAGUCUACAAGAUGACAACAUAGAAGACAUCCCUGGAUUGAGAGAUGCUUACAAUUCGGAAGAAAGCUUGGAUGAACUACUGGAUGUUUUAAAAUGUGACGCGUGUGAUGAUUUAUCCACAGAAAUUCUCUUUUAA